AUGACAGAUCGUCAAGAACGCUCAGGUCGCAGAAGGCCUUUCACAACAUGGGUCAAAAAGCUAGCCAACUUCAAGAAUGCCGCUUCCUCCACUGAGAGCGGCCGACAUAACCACUCGAAACGCGAUGCCGUCCCCAAGAGUUCCAAGAAACGCCCCUCGAAGAAUAACAACCCAUACCCACAGUCUGGACGCAUCGGUAUCGCCAUACCUACCCACCAGAGUGAUCCAUCCUUCUUGACCUCCCGUAGCGCCAGGAUUUCUGAUCCUUCUUUAGCCCCGGGAAGUCGUUCUUCUACACGAACAUCUGCCGAAGAAGCCGCCCCUCCCACCGCCGGUGCCCCGUCUGUAGCACAUACCGUGUGUACCGACUACGAAGCCACCCAAUCUCUCCAUGCUCCUUCGCAUAUGGCAUCUUCGGUAGCAGGCACGAGCCGCACCGCCGGUGGAGGUCUCGACUCUCGAAAAGGAGGAGACAGUACUUUCUCUUCCCCUGCACCUUCUGUGCGGUCUCUAACGACUACUCUUACCACCAUCCAGUCUCUGGGGCCAAAUACCGCAGUCAACGGCCCGGCUCAUGGAGGCCACUCAUCCAACCAAGGCAACCAAGGCAAUUACCAGACUAUCCAAUUUACUCAACCUUUUCCCACCAAUUCUCCCGCCUCUGCGAUUCCCCCGUAUCUUGCACCUCAUUCGAAUCCUGGCUAUCCGACCACCUACAACACAGCCACCGCAAACAACCUUCUCACAGACAACGCGUCGAUCCUCACACUAGCUUCCUCCAGCAAGAGACGCCGUCGAAGGUCUAUGGAUACCGAUGCGUCGGUACGUGCCCUCGCGCCAUCUUCCCUCUGGGGAGGGAGCCGCGAAUCCCUUCCGCUCAGUGUCCUCAGUGCCAAUAUCGACGGUAGCGGUGGUCGCGAUAUGUCAACCCCGGGUUUACACCAGUCGACCUCGCGGAUUGCCGGGGCCAACGAACGUACGAGUAUCUACUCUACAACUGGAAUCACGCCCACUCUACCCGGCGAGCGUAACAGUUUUUAUGCAAAGCAAAGCCUCGCCGGGGACGCCGCCAGCGUCCGUAGCGGCUUAUUCAACCACAACCGUGCCGAUAGCAUCAGUGGAAGCGUUGGUGGCGUAAACAGCCCGCUUGCAUCCCCGCGCGAGGCGGCGGAGAAGGGUGCCGUGGCUGAAGAGAAGGACGAGAACCUCGUGACGAAGGAUAAAGAGUAG